AUGCAUCGCUUUUUUGCAGAGCUGAAGCCAUCUCUAUCCGUCACUGAGCAAAACCUGGCAGACCGAGUUCGGUACAUCCUGCGCUCCAACAUAUUUGGUGACGUCGAACUCGAACGACUACGACGUGAGGCUGUUCUCUCAUCGAAUGGAAAUGCUACGGCUGGGAAUGCGGCGCCACUAGAUGCGCAUCAAACUGCAUAUGUGGAUGCUGCCGUCAAUAUUCCAUUUUUGGUUAAUUCAGACGAUGAUGAAAUAGUCUCCCACGAACCAGAGAAAAUGAGGAGCAUAUUGGAAGAGUCGAUGCUGGAAACGCGCAGCAUGCCUCUCGAAAAUCGACCGCGACUUCCCCGCAUACCCCUUAGCAAGUUAAAUCGGGCUGUCGUGCGGGUUCUUAACCCAAUGCUGGUGACCUAUUUGGAAGCCAGCCGGGACCUUUGCGAGACGGACUCAAUACAUUUUGGCGGUGCACUGGGAGUAUGCCGUAUUACUGGCGCCAAACUUCCCAUGGCUGGACGUGCUACUGAACAAAGUAGCGCCAUCAAAGCCUGGAAAAAAAGGACCGUAUUGCAAAGGCAAGGGCCCUUAUCGGCAGACUGA